UUUUGAGUUUGUGUUGUGAGUUGAGUUGUGAGAAAUGUGAGAGCGGAAGCGGGUGUUCCCCUUACCUCUAUAUAAGUAACGUUUUUAAAACAGCUAUUUAUUUAUCCUUUUUCAAAUAUUUCAUGAUGAAAACCAGAAUAGGUAUUCAAUUAAAAGUCACAAAAUUGUAAUUAUAAAAAUAAUGGAGAAACAUAAUCGAAUGCAUGUUUUUGCGCUGCAAGUAAUUCUCGCAAUUUGUAUAACAGUUGUUAUUUCACUAGUAACACUACUGUUUGUUAUAGCCUCAAAAAGUUUGGAUUUAAAUGACAAACAUAAAUGGAUGUUAACAAUAGUGCGAUACAUCCUUUACAUUCUGACUAUACAGGGAAGCAAAGGCCUGAGUGUGAUAGCUUAUAAUGUUUUCCAUGAGAAGCGUGAGUUGGAUGUGCGAGUCCUGCAGAAUAUCAACAUGUUACAGUUGGUCAUGUAUGCAUUUUCCGUCAUGGUUCUUAUCAUCAACCAACAGAAGUUUUUUGCUGAAGACUUCCCUUUGAUUUUUGUUGCAUGUCUGAUUGUCAAAUAUCCAGACUUGGAAAAGAAACCAAUGUCGGCAAACUAUGGUGUGGGUAUGGCUUGCAGUUUCUAUGAAGGGUAUCUCAUGCAUGUUAUUCCUUCUGAUGGUGGCAGCUACGGCGGCUUCGAGCAGAACGUGACGAGCUAUGAGGCCACGCACGGCGUCGUUGUGCCUGUCAAGAAACUGUUUGUGGUCAUCACCAAGUCGCUAUACAGUCCUCCGAACCUAGAACUCUUCAAUAAGCCCCAGGAUGAUGUUAUUAAGCUUGAGUCUUGUUUGCCUUUAGAGUGUGCGCCAUCCGUUGACCAUGUAAUGUUCCAGUCGCUGGAGUUCGUGAAGAAGGACGUGGCGGGCGUGAAGGACCGCAUCUACAAGAACUCUGUGUACAAGCUGCGGCGGGCCGGCUCCCCCCCCUCCGCGCCCGCCUACCUCGUGGCCGAGUGCGCCACGCCGCUGCACACGCUGCGCCGCGUCAUGGACAACAGGGACCUCUAUGAAGAAUUAUCAGAUGUCAAUCCAGAUGAUGUGGCUGAAGACUUCUGCAACACACUGACCACUAUAUUAUCCAAAAGCUCUGAAUGCAGAGACAAAAUAGUGUUAGUUUUCUAUGAUGAUACAAAUCCAGAAUCCAACCUGGCGGAAGUCCUGCUGGACAAAAUACGUGAACUGGAACCGAAUUUUGAAAACUUAAUCAUUGCUAAGAAGUAAUUUUAAUUGAUUUAUUUUUGUUUAUUAUAAAUUAGGAGGAAAAAUAAUAAUGCCUAAAUGUAAAAUGUCUACAUACAAAAUAAUUACGAUAAUACCAAAUAUAUUAGAGAAAUUUUUCGACUAUUAUGAUA